AUCCUAAAUACACCGUAUCUAUCCUAAAUACACCUGCAUAUUUGUCUUACAAUUCCAAGUGAAACAAAACAGGAUGGAAAGACAAGAGGAGAAUAGCCAUGCUCAGACAUUUGGUGAGACAGACAUUAAUAUAACCAUAUCAAACCUCUUUUUCACAACAAAUAUGACUGACAUUUCUACAUCCAAAUCAUUUCUUGUGGACAAUACAACAUCACUAGACGAUGACUACGAGGAUCUUAAUAAGAAAUUGGAUGUUAUCUUUGGAGUUAUCUCCCUUGUGAUAACGCCUCUGGUUAUUGGUGGCAAUGCUUUAGUUAUUAUCUCCCUUUUUAAAUUCCGCCGAUUACGGACCACUACAAACAUGUUCAUUGGAAGCCUUGCGCUGUCCGACUUCUUACUUGGACUACUGACCCUUCCAAUGUAUGCGCUCUUUUAUCUUUACCCGGUUAUGAACAAAUGGAAAUAUUUAUGUCUCUUUAAAUAUUCCUCCGUCAUACUUUCCAUGAGUUCAUCAUUGAUUAACCUUGUUGUAAUAGCAGUCGAUCGCUACAUCGCAAUUUUACACCCAUUGAAAUACCAAAUACUAAUGACUAAACAGAGAGCCAAAAAAAUUAUAAUAUGUGUUUGGAUAUACCAUGGUAUUAUUGGCUCUCUGCCAAGCUUUGGAUGGAACAAUUAUGAUAAAUAUAACGGCACUGUGUGUGACUUUUUUGUCGUUCUACCCCAAGCUUAUUCACUGUUCACAGCGCCUACAACCAUACUAGUAGGUUUACUGAUUUCACUAUACUUAUAUUGCCAUAUUUACAAAGUGGCUCGAGAACACAACAAAAAGAUGGUGGAAAGGAAAGGGACACAACUCAAUCGUCAAUUUUCAAAAGACACGAAAUCGGCAAAAGCCAUGGUCAUCAUUCUGUUUUUCUUUUUCAUAUUUUGGGUGCCGUUCAUGUUAGCUGGACCAUUGAAAUAUGUGAAGAUUGCCAAAAAUCUGUUCAAUAUCAUCAAAAACUUUGCACUGAGCCUAGCCAUGAGCAAUUCUGCUAUCAACCCGUUCAUGUACUGUUGGUUACGAAAAGAUUUCAAGUGUGCUUUUCAGGACCUGAUAAAAAAUUACAUAUGUUCGAAAAUACCGAAACCUGAUUGGUCAAGCAGCUCAAACAGUAGUGAAGAUGAAAACAGACGUACAGAACAAAAUGUGCAUGUGUCCAGUAUUGAUUUACAAAUACAACACAGUAACACAGUAGACUCUGGUUUUACUUUUAAUGAAGAUUAAAAUAAAAUGUGUGAGAAUAACACAUCACAAAAGACACAAAUGUAUUGUAAUGUCACUUUGAGUGUGACAAUGUGUGAAGUAUGUUAUUAUUCAUAGUUAGAAGUCUUGCUUAUAUGACAAAAUAACACAGUAGACUCUGGUUACAAUGUAAAUGAAGAUUAAAAUGAAAUAUUGAGAAUAACACACAAAAGAAAUAUCAAUAUUGUAAUGUCACUUGAGUGUAAAGCAUGUAUUUACUAAUAGUAAAAGAUUUCAUACAAGUUUGAGGUCUUGCUUAUAUAACAAAUGAACAUGGUAUACUAUUGUUUUACUAUAAAUGAAGAUUAAAAAGAAAUGUAUGAGAAUAAUAGACAAAAGACACAUAUGUAUUGUAUUGUCACUUGAGUGUUUAGUAUAAAAUUGAGAAUGGAAAUGGAAUAUGUUUUUAUUUAUAGUGAGAACAUCCAUACAAGUUAGAGGUCUUGCUUAUUCUAUACCUUAAAGUGAUCAAUUAUAUAAAUUUACGAUAUAUGUAUUAGAACCUUGGUCAUUUAUUCUCGAGAAAAAGCAUAUGAAAUUGAUUGACAUCUUAUCCAGUUCUAAAGAACAAUUGAGGUUAUUAACUUGAAGU